AUGUGGCUAGAAAAAUGGACACCGGAUUUCAAACCAGAUGAAGACUCUCCUAUAGUCCCAGUCUGGGUUUUGUUACCGGAAUUACCAUUUCAUUGUCAUUCGUGGCAUUACUUAAAACAAAUUGUCGGCUCUAUUGGUGUGCCUCUUACGAUGGAUUUGGCUACUGAGAACAUAACUCGACCUAGAAUGGCUAAAAUAAGAGUGGAAGUUGACUUAACAAAGCCAAAACUUACCUCUAUAUUUGUUGGAUCAGAGGCUGACUCAAGUCCAGUUAGGGGAUUUUAUCAAAAAAUUGAAUAUGAGAGUAUGCCAAAGUAUUGUAGAUUUUGCAAAAUUUUAGGACACUCUAUAAUUCAGUGUAGAAAAGUUGAACAAAAAAAAAAGGCUAAGGAGAAAGCUAACAUGGAGAAGCAGGCUAACUUUGAAACUACUGAAACUAGUAAAAACUAA